CCUACAAAAUGCUAAUUUACGUGUCACCCACAUCCGCACAAAGCUCUCUGGGAAAGAGAGUCCACUCGCUAAAUAAUUCAAGCCUGUUCUCUUCGCUGUGAACAAGAUGCCGGCCGUCCAUAAAUUGCUUUUAGAGGAGGCUUUGCAGGACAGUCCUCAGACUCGCUCCUUGCUCAGUGUGUUUGAGGAAGAUGCGGGAACACUCACAGACUACACCAACCAGCUGCUUCAGUCUAUGCAGAGGGUUUAUGGAGCCCAGAGUGAGAUGGGAUUGGCUACAGAACAGCUGUCCAGUCAGCUACUGGAAUAUGAGAAGCAAAAUUUUGCCCUUGGUAAAGGUGACGAGGAGGUGAUCAGCACACUACAGCAAUUUGCCAGAACUGUGGGGGAGCUGAACAUACUACACUCAGAGCUGGCCUCUCAGAUGGCUGACAGAAUGAUUUUUCCCAUGAUCCAGUUCAGAGAGAAAGACCUUACAGAGAUAAGCACAUUAAGAGAAGUAUUUGGCAUCACCUCUGAUGAGCACGAGGCUGCCAUGGUCAAGUACAGCAGACUGCCCAAGAAGAAGGAGAAUGAGAAGGUGAAGGCAGAGUUGGUGGGGGAGGUGGCCUACUCCAGGAGGAAGCAGCACCAGGCCUCCAUGCAGUAUUACUGUGCCCUCAAUGCCCUGCAGUACCGCAAGAGAGUAGCUAUGCUGGAGCCCAUGCUGGGAUACACACAGGCCCAGAUCCAUUUCUAUAAGAAAGGCAUGGAUCUAGUCUCAAAGAAAAUGGACAGCUUCCUGGUGUCAGUGUCCAGCAUGACACAAAGUAUCCAGGCUCAGUUGGACUCGGAGGCUGAGGCCAUGCGUCUGACCCAGCGAGAGCUGCUCUCCAUGGAGGAUACUGUGUACAUGCCUGACCGUGAUCCCGUCCCAGUCAACCGCACGCUUAUACAGAAGGCAGGCUACCUCAAUAUCAGGAAUAAGACGGGCCUGGUGACAACCGCCUGGGACCGCCUUUACUUCUUUACCCAGGGAGGGAACCUCAUGUGCCAGCCGCGAGGGGCUGUGGCAGGGGGUAUGGUGCUGGACCUGGAUAACAGCUCCGUCAUGGCCGUAGAGUGCGAGGACAGACGAUACUGUUUUCAGAUCACCUCCCCCUCCGGUAAAACGUCAAUGAUUCUACAAGCAGAGAGCAAAAAGGAACAUGAGGAAUGGAUUUGCACUUUGAACAACAUUUCCCGACAGAUCUACCUGACAGACAACCCUGAGGCAGUGGCCAUCAGACUGAACCAGACAGCCAUCCAGGCGGUCACGCCCAUCACCAGCUUUGAGAGGAGAGGGGAGGGCUCGCCCAACCCAGACAGGGCUAAGCCAGGUGGGGUGCAGUCCUCUAGCAGUGCUCCAGAAGCAGAGGACCUUAUAGUUCCAGGGACACCCAUCCAGUUUGACAUCAUGCUGCCUGCCUCGGAGUUCCAGGACCAGAACAGGGUCGGAGGGAGGCGUACAAACCCAUUCGGAGAAACAGAUGAUGACUGCUCCCCUGAAAGCGAUGACUCCCUGCUGCAGCAGGUGUUUGCGGUGCGGUUCCUGGGCUCCAUGGCGGUGCGUUCGGGACAAACCCAGGAAGUGAUCUAUGAGGCCAUGAGACAGGUGCUGGCGGCUCGAGCCAUCCACAACAUCUUCAGAACUACAGAGUCCCAUCUCAUGGUCACCAGCAGCUGUCUCAGGUUGAUUGACCCCCGGACACAAGUCACAAGAAUCAGUUUCCAGCUACAGGAGGUGACCCAGUUUGCGGCCCACCAGGAGAACGGCAGGCUGAUGGGCUUCGUGGUUGAGGGGCGAGACUGGAGCGAGGGGACCGAGGAGGGAGAGCCCUCCUUUAGUGCGUUUGUCUUCGAGAGCAUCACGGAGGGAGAGAAGAUAUGUUACACGAUAAGUUUGGGGAAGGAUAUUAUAGAAGCAAAGAAGGACCCGGAGGCUCUAGCUCAGCUGAUGAAAAACAUGCCUCUGACCAACGAUGGCAAGUUCCUCCUGCUGGACAGUGAGACUGGUGACACGGCUAACGGAGGAGCACCGGAUGAGGAGUCUGAGGCCUAGCCAUGCCUCAUAGUACCAGGGGAGAGUCAGAGGUUCUCCCACAAAACGCCUCCUCACGUGGUGUUGCGAUGUUCUCAUGAGCCCUUGCUCUAGUCUGGUACAUGUUGACCAGGAAAACCUCCUGGGUUUAUAUGGCAUUUCUCACUCAUGACCACUGAAGUGAUGUACAGUUACUAAAAAAGGGACAAUGUUUAGGUUGACUAUUUUAUCCCUUUAUUUUCCCUGGUGGAAUUAAUAUCCUCAGCCAUCCUGUCAGUUUAAAUCCCUUUCUCCAGCUCGAAUAGGUUUACAUUUCCUAGCUUUGAGUUUAGUGGUACUAUUGUGUUAAUAAUGCUGCAGUAUAAUAUUGUGUAGAGAUGACUGGCUAUGAUGACUUACAUGUAGGUCUUGUCAGCAGCACUUCAGAUGACAUUUGUACAUCUUUCAUUCCUAUGAGACCAUAUUGCACUUCCAAGGUUUCUAUUUAAUCAAAGGCUUGAUGUCCGCGGCAGAAUGCACCGACUUCAGACAUUAUCCGGCAACAUUUAUGAAGUAAGGUUUUAAUCUCAAUGAAGGACAGGGGAAGGUACUGUAUAGUCAGAAUUUUGGCGUACCAUGUGACGCUAAACCCCCAUUCCUUGUUGUCUGGGAGGCAGCGAUUAGAGAAUGAAGAACGUGUUAAUGCUCCAACCAUGUGUCUUCGAACAGUGGGCAUGGUGGCCUGUUUGGGAGUAUGAAUGAGUCAUGGUAGGGUAGAAACCAUACAGUAAGAUGAUGGGCACAUUGUGCAAAACAUUGUCCCAUCCAUUUCCUUAAUGCUUUUAUAAACCACUACCUAUAGAAUCUGCUUGGAGCUUUAUUUCCUUACUAGUCGGGCUUCGGAUGGUACGUGGUCUGAAAAUAUUUGUCCAUUUUUUUUCUCCAACGGCCUUCGCAAAGUAAAUAUGACAUAUGUCAAACAUUGAAGAUUGCAUAGAGGUCUUAUUUUCUGAAUCAGUAUAAUAUGAGUGAUACAGCGCAUUAAUAAUUUGAUGACGUGCUUCCAGUGGGAAGGUGUCUAGACUGUCUGCCUUUGGUACUGAACCAGAUUCAGAUACAGAAUAUCUCCUGACUUGUUCCAUUAACCAAUUGCAAGUAAGCAGAAUGUCUACCAUUCACCAAUAGAGAAAUGCUAAACAAGACUAAGGCCUAGAUUCAACCGGAUCAAGCGCUAACCGGCGAUAGCGGAUGUUUUGGAGGGGAAACUGCGUUAGUUCCGUUGAAUCGGUGAGCAGCUGCUCUUGCUUGAUGAAUCUGGACCCGGGCACCUGUGUAGGCUUGUCUUUCACCUCCAGGGCAUGAAGCUGACGGCAAAGUCUGCUCAAAACGAAAGUGACAUAAUUAAGCACGUGGAGUGAUUAGAAGGAUUCUGUGUUUUCACCUGCAAAAAAGAGUUUGAAAAUUCAAACAUUCUAUGGAAAAGGGAUGUAUGUUUCUGGACGACGCACCCAUGCUGUUGAUAACAUGGUGGUGGUGGUGCAGAUUACUGUUUGAUUUGAGAAGGACUCUCCCUCACUGCUUUUGCCUGUUUACGUCACGGGCCAUAGACCUG